GAGGCGGGGAGCGCGCUCGCAGCCCCACUUCGCUGACUUCCCGGCCCCGCGUCCCUCGCGCCCGCGGCCGCCCCGCGCUCGCCCCGCGCGCCGGGCAUGUGAGCGCGGGCGGCGCCGCCACCAUGGCCUCGCCGCGCGCUUCGCGGUGGCCGCCGCCGCUCCUGCUGCUGCUGCUGCUGCCGGCGCCGCUGCUGCUGCUGCUGCCGGCGGUUCCCGGGACGCGGGGCCAGCCGCCCUCCCCGGCGCUCGGCGCGCCCCUCCCCGGCGCGGGGCUGGCUCGGGCCCCCGAGAGCGGCCCGGAGCGGGAGCCGGAGCGCCGUGGGCCCGCGCCCCCAGACCCCAGCCAGGCGGCCCCCGGGCCGGGCGCCGCGACACGGCGGGGACGCCCCGGUCUGGCCCCCCAAGGCGCGAGCGCGGCGGCUGUAAGGCACCCCUGGGCAGAGAGUAGUGCUGAACCCCGCGUAGGAAACCUCACUUCUUACCGCCAUCCAGAGGACUUUGCAACAGUGGGCCAGGCUCCCAGGAAGAGCCAUGCAGCACCUUCAGGGGCUCCGGAAAGCCCCACUCUUCUAACUGAAGCAGCGGAUGCCGGGGGAAGGCGCCACUCCUCCGGGGGGACAGAUUUCCCCGUUUCUCCUGCUGGGCACCCGCCUGACACAGCAACAGCUCUGACUUCCCAGGGCAGCACCUCCGCCUGGGAGGGGCCUCCCCUGCCAGCCAGCAGCCCAGGGUUGGCAGCAAGCCCUGCCCCUUCUCGCGUGGAACACGGAACAUCGGAGGGCCCACGGGAGACGGGGAGGCGGCUCCCAGAAGCAGCGACUGCGCACACCCAAGUGGCCGCCUCAGGGGUUCCCAGCCAGUCCUCUCUUCCUGCUACGGAGACGGGAGAGUCCACCACACUGUCCAGGAAGAGCAGUUCCUCGGGCACGGGGCUCUCACUUUUCUCCAGGACGCCGGCUUCCUCUCCUCCCUCACACCUGUCCUCACUUUCUGGAAGCACAGAGGAGCUUACGAACUCCACUGCCCUGCAGAGCCCUGUGGUUAGUCAGACAAAGCGUGCACAUGCCGCUGCCUCCACCCUCUCUGACGGCGCCUCAAGGAUGCUCCGGUCCUUAGCAGUGAGUCUGCGACCUGUGAAUGAGACAGAAGGUUUCCCUGAGGACUCCAAAGCCGCCACGACUUCAGCUGCCGUCCAUGCUUCACCGUCUGUGGAGCAAUCGAGAGGGAACGGCAGCAUAACCAGGACUCCAGGGGAUGCAGGAUUCACUGAGCCAGCCACAGAGAAUGAAUUUGGACACACAUCUUUACACUGGCAGAAUGACUCCCCAACUUCUGCAGAACGGCAGCUUGCCAGCAGCCCUGAGCUCCGGAAUGGAAGCUCCACCUCCACAUCGCGGACUGGGGCUGUUUCCAGGUCUUCCCUCAGGGGUGCAGAGAGCACCGCACGCUGGUUCCUGGCCCACAGCAGGACAUCUGCAGGUGUGACAAGAAGUUCUGCUUCAUUUCCUGGAACCGUGAACACUUCGGUUUCGACCCAGUUCUCGGACUCCGCUCCAUGGUCUGGAAGAAGCAGCACCGUUCUGGGCGAUACAAGUUUCUCGGAGUCUCCGUCUACGUCUUCGUCGGAAAGCCUGAACUCCUCGGCACCACGUGGAGAACGUUCAAUCACUGGAUUUAGCUACGGCCAAGCAAGCAGCACAGAUACUGAGCAGAGGACUUCCAGCGACCACACAGACCACACCUAUGUUUCAUCCACGUUUACCAAAGGAGAGCGGACGUUACUGUCCAUCACCGAUCACAGCUCGUCCCCGGACAUCCAGGAGAGCUCGACCUCUUAUAUUAAGAUCUCCAGCUCCUCACACUUAGACUAUCCUUCCUCUCCUCGUGCUCAGACUGAACGAAGCAACGUGUCGUCCUACGAUGGGGGACACGCUCAGCCUUCCACCGAGUCGCUGGCUCUGCAGACAUCCAACCUUCCAACCUCCACCUCCACCGUGAACGUGCCGAACACGCUGGUUCUUCUGGACGCGCGUUCGGAGUCUGCUGGUGGCUCAUCUUCUUCCCCGUCAGGGUCCCCUUUGCCUCUACCCUCAGUGUCACAGUCCCAUCAGUUGUUCUCAUCAACCUUGCCAUCACCAAUGGCCCCAGUGUACCCACUGCAGUCUACCUCUGAGGCGUCUACACCUCUGUCUUCCUCUCCGUCACCGUUACCACUGUCCUUCAUGGCGUCCACCCCCGCCCCAGGUUCCGUCUCACAAACAGCCUUACCACAUUCACCUUCUACCGCAGCCCUUCCCAGGGUAAAGGAGACGUCUGUGACUCCAGUUCAGACACCCACUGGGGCAUCGUCCACGGCAGUGCUGCGCGGCAGUCACACAGCAGACCCCACGAACCACAGCACCCCGUACCAAAGCCAAAUCACCACACAGUCCAAGUCACCAAGCCUGGUGUCUUUGCCCACCGAGCCCAGUAAAGCUGUAAAAAUAGGUUCUCCUUCGGAGUCCCCUUUGCCCUCAGCCUUAACAGAGUCCUCCACCAAGCAAACCAUUCUUGCCACGAACACAAACGCAGCCCAAAAAAUGUCUCCGGGUUUGACAACCACUGCCCCCGAGACUGCGCAUCCUGUGACCAAUCUCAGUACGCUGCCAAGCACAGCAGUUCUCAUUGUGGGCCCUGUAGCUGUGCAGACAACAACCGGGAAACAGCUCUUGCCAACCCAUCCUGAAACUGUGGUGCCACAGAUCUCAACAGAGGGUGCCAUCGCCACGCAAAGGAACCAAGUACAUGUGGGUGCUACUACCCAAUUGGUCCCGCUGCCCAGUGCACCCACAUCAGCAGAAGACUUAACCACAAGUCUUGGCGUUCCGGAAGAGUAUGGCCCCGCUUCCCAUUCCCUCAGAACAUCUCUCCCCCAAACCACAGAUCUAUCUACAGCUGAAACGUCGACCCCUCGGUCUGCCACCUCUGCUGUUGAGAGCAGCACGCAGUCACCGCCACCAUUCUCCUCUCCAGCUUCAGUGAACAGGUGUGCCACAAACCCUUGUCUUCACGGUGGCAAGUGCAUUGUGGAGCCUACCAGUCGCGGCCAUCGAUGCGUGUGCUCGCCUUCCUGGCAAGGGGACGACUGCAGUGUGGAUGUGAAUGAAUGCCUCUUGAACCCCUGCCCACCCCUGGCCUUGUGCAACAAUACUCAGGGAUCUUAUAUCUGCAGAUGCCCAGUUGGGUACCAGUUGGAAAAAGGAAUAUGCAACUUGGUUAGAACCUUCGUGACAGAGUUUAAAUUAAAGAAAACUUUUCUUAAUACCACUGUGGAAAAACAUUCAGACCUACAUGAAGUUCAAAAUGAGAUCGCGAGAACGUUAAAUAUGUGUUUUUCGACGUUACCUGGUUAUAUACGAUCCACAGUUCAUGCAUCCCGGGGGUCCAGCGUAGUGGUGAUCUCACUGCAAACCACCUUUGCCUUGGCUUCCAAUGUGACACUGUUUGACCUGGCCGAUGGGAUCCAGAAAUACGUCAACUCCUGCAGGUCCUCUGCUGAGGUCUGCCAGCUCCUGGGAUCUCAAAGGCGGAUCUUUAGAGCGGGUAGCUUGUGCAAGCGGAAGAGCCCCGAGUGUGACAAGGAGACCUCCAUCUGCACGGAUCUGGAUGGCGUCGCGCUGUGCCAGUGCAAGUCGGGCUACUUCCAGUUCAACAAGAUGGAUCACUCCUGCCGAGCCUGUGAAGAUGGAUAUAGGCUUGAAAAUGAAACCUGUAUGAGUUGCCCAUUUGGCCUUGGUGGUCUCAACUGUGGAAACCCCUACCAGCUCAUCACGGUGGUGAUCGCAGCAGCGGGAGGUGGGCUGCUGCUUAUUCUGGGCAUUGCAUUGAUUGUCACCUGUUGCAGAAAGAACAAAAAUGACAUAAGCAAGCUCAUCUUCAAAAGUGGGGAUUUCCAAAUGUCCCCGUACGCUGAGUACCCCAAGAACCCUCGCUCACAAGAAUGGGGCCGAGAAGCUAUUGAAAUGCACGAGAACGGAAGUACCAAAAACCUCCUGCAGAUGACGGACGUGUAUUACUCGCCCACGAAUGUAAGGAAUCCUGAACUUGAACGAAAUGGACUGUAUCCGGCCUACACGGGAUUGCCCGGAUCACGGCAUUCUUGCAUUUUCCCUGGACAGUAUAACCCAUCUUUCAUCAGCGAUGAGAGCAGAAGAAGAGACUACUUCUAAAUCCAGGAAACAGAGGGGGACCCAUUGCUCUGAGCCAGUUCCCUGGGCUCUCCGUGGCUCGGAAGACUGCAGCAGGCACUGGCCGCUCCCAGGACUUGUCGGAGCCCCCGUGAGUGGCAAGCAGGAGGGACGAGUGUGAGGGACAUGACCGCAGCGGAAGGGGACGGAUGCAUGUGGAACUGCAGGCUGCUCAUCCAGCACCAUUGUCGUUACUGUGAACGUGAACGUGAACGUAGGCCAGUGCCAGGAGAGUCUCUGAGUGACAGCAGCCCGGCACUGGGGCCAGAGGUGACUGUCAGCCGAGGCAGCCCAGUAGGCGUCUUCACCAGGACCCAGUUUUCCCUUAGUUUGCACUUUAGUAAAUCGGGCAGGGAGGCUUCCUUUUGGAUUUCUUUCAAGGCUGUUCCAGAAAGGAGGCUUCCUUUCCCGAAACGCCUCCACAGGUCGCGAGUUGGUGAUUCAUUUGCAGCCAGGCGCUGGCCCCCUGGUUGUUUUCCUGCCCAGUGCCUGUGUGCUGAACAGCAGGUGCGCAUGAACGUACUACUAAGAUUGAAGUUGCUGCGGCUGGGUGUACAGUGCGUCAGUGUUUCUCGGUCAUCUUGAGCCACAAUUUUUAAGCCAACACCCAAAUAAGGAAUUGAAAUUUGUGAGGCAUGGCACACAACGCCAGUUUGGGUUUUUAGUUAAGGUGAUAACAUUUUUCUAGGACUGGGUGUUUUUUUCCCCUCCCUUUACAGUUAAAUCUCAAUUUUUCAAAUAAGUCGGGAUUGUGGCAAAACGACAGUUGGUUUUAGUUAGAGGCAUCCAGCUACCCUGUGGUGGGAACCAGCAGGCAGAGUGGCCAGGGGGCACCUGUCAUCCGGGAGGGCAUUGCAUGGGGCCCAGGGCUCUGACCACCACCACUGAGGCCAGAGGAUGCAUAAAUAAGUAGAAACAGGAAGCUGGAUGCAGGGGUUGGAGCUGGUGUUUCACCACUGGAGGGAAAGGAGCCUGCUAUGGUGGCCUCUGCAGCCGGGCGUGGUUAAAGGAACGGGCUGAGCAGGGAAGGGGGAUUGCCAGCGUCACCGGUGCUUUGGGAAGCCCUGGGUUGCUGAGGAAGAAGAGGGAGCUAGGAUGGAGCCGUGGGGCAGCGUGCUGACCUGUUAGUGCCGUGUCUUUGUGUCCGUAGUCUCGUCCAAAGGCUCGGUGCAAGCUUUCAACCACUCAAGGCUAUUCAUUGAGGAGAUAACUUAUUUUUUCUUACCCCGUCGUUUGUACCUCGUUCCGCUACUGUGUAGUACCCUACAGAAAUGUGGUUAGAGUUCAGGUCAGCGUUGGAGAACUGAAGACUUCUGGCCAGGCAGGGCUGCGAGAGCUUGCCUUCCUUCGGCAAGGAAGUUGCACGCGCCUGGUUCAUUCUGCCUGUGAUGGAGGCCGUGGCCUGUGCUCAGCGCCCGCGGAACUGUGCUCCUGAUCCCGCUUUUGGAACGCCCUGGGUGUGGGUGAAGUGAACUGAACACAGAGGCAGAAUCGUCCCCACCCUGCCGCUGGGGGCGCAGUGGCACACCCACUUAUGGAAAUGGCGCAAUUCCGCCUGGGCUUGGUGGUUUCUUCUUGAAACUCCUCAACGUGUGGUUUUCAGCGUGAGCUGCCAUGUUCCUUGGUCUCCCUGACCAACCACCACCUGCUGGAGCAGGAACGCUGGUCAGGUGCAAUGCGUUUUGCCAAUUGCACGGCACUCAUGAGCUAAAUACAAAAAGAAAUCUGGUUUUUGUCUGUGGAUGCUAACUUGAAUUUUCAAAGCAUCGCCUUUUUGAAUACUCGGGUCUUGGCGUCCGUCUCUCCAUGGAACCAAAUGGUCCUCUGUGCCCCGCUGGCUCAGCCCUCACUGGAGAGCCCCGAGCCCCUGAACUCCAGUCGCCCGGGCCAAUACACGUGGCUCCUUUUGAGGCAGCCUCGCUUCCCGGCCCUUCCGCAGCUACGGGAGGGGCCGCGGAGGGAGCCGUGCGCAGGAGCACGCUCUGCCUCGUGCUGACGUCACUCCAGCUCCUAUUUCGGGGCCUGAAGCUGUAAGCUCCGCAGAACGAAGGGUUCUGUCCCCAAAGCAGUCUUGGGAAGGAUCCCAAGCCCAGAAAAGAGUGAGCUUCAAGAAUACCCUCCUGUUCCUGAGCCUUUUUUGAAUGGAGUGGGUUCAGAGUGUUUGGUUUUUGUCGUCGUUUUACUGUGAAAAAAAGGAGGCGCCAUGCAAGGUGGCGUCCACGCAGCCUCUGGUUUCCUGGAGGCUUGCUGAGGUGGGAAGGCGUGGGAAGAGCAUAGCUGGCCUCCAGCGCCUGCUGCCCGCCUGGGGCUGACACCCGCGGAAGGAUCCUGCUGAGGCCAUGCGUGGCGAGAGCCUGUGGACGAGAGAGAGGGCAGGAUCGCGCACACAGAAACGCCCUGGGUGGGACCCCACAGCGGGGGAGAGGUGGGAGGGAGGGGCAGGGGACCCUGCCUGUGGGACGCUUCAGCUGCUGCCGGGAAGAGCCAAGCCAGGUGGACCCAUGUGUCCCAGAGCGCCCUGGGGCGCGGCUGCCCAGCCCCGGCUUGGUGUCGUUAGAGGGUCUUGACUUCCACCGAAGUGCCUUCUAGCCCCGGGCACUGGGCUGUUUCCUUAGGAGGGCACAUUCACGUCGCUCGGUACCUGCCCUCACAGCACCCUUGUGAGGUUGCAGAUGGAGGAGCCUUAAGAGAGGGUAGAGCGCUCCCCCGCUCGGGCCCUCACAGCCCUGUCUGCCGGCUCACACGUUCCUCCUUCCACCCGCGCCUGCCCACCCUCAGAGAGGGCAGGAGAGAAUGUGCUUAAAUACGUUUCUUUUAAAGAACCUUAAUAUUACUGAGCAGAAACCAAACAAAGCAUGCGAAGGUGCUGAAUGCCCUUUUGGAACUGUCCCUUCAGAUUGGUUUUUAGAUCUGUAGAAGCGGUUUGGUAUGUGGCUUUGGCUGAGGGCGGGGCAAGGCGAGGACCCGGGUGUCUCAAUCAGCACAGCCAGACUCACGCAUCCACCUGCGGGCAGUUUUGCCUUAUUCCCAUAGUGAGGCCAUGGCUCGGCUCGCAGGCGUUGAAAGCUGUUUUGGUGAACAGCUCAGACAUUUGAAUGUGAAUGCUGACACAUCUCCCUCUCUUGGGGGCCACCUGAUUUUAGAAGCGCCAGAGCCGUUCAGAGCCACAGUUUCUGAGUGGAUGGCACAGUCGGGCUGACUGAUGGCACUUCAGGCCAGAAACCAAGGUAAGACUGGUGCGUUCCUGAAGGAUUUAGAUGGCCCAAAGGAGAGGGCUGCGUCUUUGGAAGAUGAGGCCGGGGGGCUACCCACAAAGUGGCUCCGAGUGAUGGCGUCCAUCCAGGUGUGAGGGUUCCGGAGCAGGCACGUGGCUUUCUGGGGUCUCAAUCAGUCCUCUGAUGAGGUCCCCAGCCACCCUGCAGCUCUUGAACUUGGCCUGAGGAAGGAGAGCUGCCCUGCCCAGUGGCCUGUGGCUAAGCUUGGCUUCACCCACCCCCAGGAAGGGCUGUGGCCCGGAGCUCUGACUACACUGGCUUUGAGAUGAGAGCACUUCUGUGGAGAGAGGAAGAACGUCGAGUUUGGAACGUCAGUGUUCGUGUUUUUGUUGAAGUUGCCUUUAAUACCAGAGACAGUUUUUCUGUCUGCAAGGUUUGGUGGGGAGCAGAAGGAAUGUCUUAUUUCCUGCUGGUGGACAAAGCGUCGCCCCAAAGUUCUCGCGUGUUUUGGAGGUAGAUGUGCUUCUGUAGACUUUGCCUUUGAAUCUGGGUUCUCCUUUCCUCCAAUCUCCAAAGAUCAGAGCCAGUUAAAGCCGCAGGAGCACGGAAGCGCUAGAUGCCGGUGACUUUCUACUACAGUAUCUCUCACCUCAUCUCAUCUGCUGUAAGCUGCUCACUGGAGGCCUGUGAGACCAGGGGGAGCCAGGUCCCAGGCUGGCUCUGCCCACCGCCGCCAGGCCUUUUCAAGGAGAACAUGUCAGAGAAUUUGCAUAUUCAGUUCUGCUUUUAUUUUGUUGUUGUUUUGUUUUGGGUGCCCAGUGCUUGGGGAAAGAUGGGGUGGCGCUGUCUGCGUGGGAAACUGACCCAAAUCCCCUCUCGUUCUGUGCUACCUUGGCCUGUUCUAAAAAGGAAAUGAUUGUUCCAUCACGAGUUGCUGUGAGUUUUGUAGUCUGUGUUGCAGGAUUUGUGGGUAAAUGAAGUGUGAGGCUGGAAUCUGAGCGUUUGGAGUUUUCACAUUGUCCUGGAUUUUUCUCUUUGUAACCCUUUAAGCCCCAGACCCUGGUUGACUGUGUUAAAUCCAUUAUGAGAAUGUUAUUUAAAGUUGUGUUAUCAUUGCAACCUCCACUAAUUAUUCAGUACUGUAGCAGCAAAGUAUUAUUUGUAAGAAUUUGGUUAUUUUUAUAUUUGUAUCCACUAUAAGUCUGGCGUUCUAGUCAGUAAAAUGAUGCAAUAAAACUAA